AUGUUGGAGGUAGAGAUGGUGGGGAGAGAGCACAUGGUGAGAUGCAUUCAUAGAUUCAUCAGCCAGGGAAGGGAAAGCAGAGAGAAGGUGAAGCCAUUCUCACAAGUUCCUGGGCCACAUUCCAUUCCUAUCAUUGGCUCCCUCUGGAAGUAUUUCCCUCUCAUUGGAGAGUAUGAGAUGAAGAGACUGGAUGAAGCUGGGAGGAGACAAUAUGAAAGGUAUGGAGAGAUAGUGAAGGAGAACUUGGGUGGCACCCAUGUGGUUCACCUCUUUAACCCUGAUGACAUCCAGACUGUCUUCCGUUUGGAAGGGAAAUUUCCUUUGAGGAAAAGCCACACAGCUCUUGCUAAGUAUCGUCUCCAGUGUCCUCAUCUCUACAAUGAUGGAGGCCUUCUCCCCACGAAUGGGCCAGUGUGGGGGAAACUGAGGUCAGCCCUGCAGAAGCCAUUGAGUGGAUUGGACAGUGUGAAGGUCUUCCUGCCUGUCGUGGAUGAGAUUGCUCUGGAAUUUGUACAGAGAUUAGGGAGACUGCGGGAUGAGAAUGGAGAAGUCCCUUCCCUCCUCCAUGAGAUCUCCAAGUGUGCUCUUGAAAUCAUAGGAGCAGUGGCAUUGGAAACCCGUUUGGACUGCAUGAAUGCAUGUGGAUCUAGUGGGGAAACAGAAGAGAUAAUUGUGGCCACCAUGGAGAGCCUAGAAGCUGUCAUGGAUACAGAACUUUCCUUUCCUCUGUGGCACUGGAUUAACACACCUGCCUAUCAGAAACUCUGCCGUGCUCAGGAUUUCCUCUACAGGAUAGCAGAGAGGCAUGUGGAGAGAAAGGAGAAAGAAAUGAAGUUGGAAGUGAGCAAGAGAAGGGAGAAGAAUCCUACACUUCUUGAGGCUUAUCUCAUGGAUCCUCAAUUAGACCGAAAAGAUAUAAUCACCAUGGUCACUGACAUGAUCUUUGCUGGAAUUGACACUACAAGCUUCUCCCUUGGCUUUAUCCUGUAUCACUUGGCAAAAUGGGAGAGUGUUCAAGCACAGGCACAAGAAGAAGUGAAGGAGAUCUUAAAACACCACAACUCCAUGAACACCAUCACACCCUCCACCCUGGCAGGGAUUCCGUAUUUGAAGGCUGUGAUGAAAGAGUCCAUGCGCCUUGUGCCCAUCUCAAUUGGGAUUGGCCGAAUCCUCCCCCAUGACACUGUCCUAUCUGGCUAUCUCAUCCCUGCUGGUGUUGUGAUUGUGACAGGGAAUCAGGUGAUAUGUAACCUGGAGAGGUAUUUUCAGAAUGCCCAUGAGUUUAGACCAGAAAGAUGGUUGAGGGAUGCUGAGGAUUACAAGAAAGUCCACCCAUUCCUCACCUUGCCCUUUGGAUAUGGGCCUCGUGCCUGCAUUGGCCGCCGCCUUGCGGAACAGAAUCUCCUUGUUCUCCUUCUUCGUAUCUUGGAGCGAUUUAAGCUGAAAUGGAAUCAUGGAGAUCUGGGUUGCAUGACCAAGCUCAUCAAUGCACCUGAUGGACCACUCAGAAUCUCUUUCUCCAACUGAAGUCAUCAGAUUGAAUAGACAGAGCACUUUAGUGCAAGUCUUCUUCUCCAAACCUUCUCAUCUCUCUUGUACAAAUGAAUGGAUUUCUGUUUUUGAGAGGCUUGUAGUAUCUGAUUUCAAUGAGUGAAAGGUCCAAUUGCCUUGCUUCAUUGCUUAUAAUCUCAUGAGACAGCUGCAAGUGAUCAAGAAUAUGCACAAUGCUGCCAAAGAUCCCCUCAAGUUGCUCUUCCCCAUGUCAGAAGGUUCCCCAUGAAAGAUGAAGAGGGUGGUCAAAUUGUGAGAUUGUUGCUGACUGAAAAACAUUUAUGUUGUUAAUAGGCUGGCAGUUUGAGGUAAAUUUCCAUUCUGAAAAUUCUUUACUGGUCAUAUCUCAGAUUAUGCUUUUGGGGGACAUCUCUGUGUUUUGGAACAAGCAUAUCAUUAGGGUCAGUGGCAGCAUUGCUUGACUCUUUGGUCACACUGCAUAAUGAGAUCAUAUAAUCCUCCCCUUUUCUCCUAUCUCAGGUUCUUUGCCCCUCCUGUCCCUUCUCUCUACCCAUGCUUUAUGCAUAAAAAACAUUAUGGCUGUGUCAUGCGCACAUGUUAAUGGGAUGUUUUCUUCUGAGAUGUCUGGAGUUGAUUGAAGAUUAAAUAUUGGAGAU